AGUGUGUUGGCUGGCAGCACCAGUAGCAGUAGCAGCAGCAGCAGCAGUGUGGCAAAGGCAGCAAUGGCUGUGGCAGUCGUCCUCGUCGUGUGGUAGUCGUAGUAUAGAAAAGGUUCGACAUAGAGAGGAGUCACAUGCCGGAGGACGACUAAAGGCAAAGGCACACAACACACCAGGCAUUCACAGUAGUUAGUGUUGGAGCUUUUCACAGUCAUCCUCGUCUCGUUGAAGUCGUUUUUCGUUUCGUUUCGUUCGUUUUCGUGCUCGUGGUUGUUGUCGUCGUAGUCGACAUCGUUGUAGUCAUCCUUAUAGUCGUCGUUGUUGUCCUCGUCAGUGUCGGUGUCGGCUCUUUUUAGCAGGAUAAUGUUUCACUGAUUUCGAUUCGGUUUAGUUCAAAGGAUGACUUCUUGCGGUAAGGAAGUGUUUCGGGCUUGGCUCCUCCGUGAUUCUGUUGAUUACUGGUUGUAGUUGUAGUAGCGAACGAGUUUGAUGAUACACUUUAUAUAUCUCUACUCUCUUUCUCUGACUUUGUGAAUCUGAAUAAUACACAUUAGGUGGUGGUGGAUUUAAGUUUUGUUUUUGUUAUUUUUAUUUUUGUUUGUUGUUUUCACGUGAAAUAACGCACUCUUGAAAUCGAACCUUAACCGUUUUUGGACAUUAAACACAUUCAAAAAAUGAAACUCUGUCUGUUGAUGAUUGUCGGGAAUUAUGUGUUGUUGUUUUGAUGUUUUAAGAGAUUUGUUAUUUUGAAGAAAAUAAUUAAUGAUUGUGGUGCAUUUAAAUAAACAUAAUAAACAUCUAAGUUUAGUGAUUUGAAACAAAAAAAAAAUAUAUUAGAACUUGAUAUAAAAAAAAAUGACUGCAAAACGCGAAAAGGAUUACGCUAAAAAUAAAUCAACUACUGGCUUAGGAGUAACCCAACCCAGCGCAUUGCUGAAUUCAAAAACAAUCGGUCUAGUUACAUCAACCCAAAAUGUAAGCUCUAGUCAAGAAGUAACAAAACGCACUAACAAACCACUAAUGGAGAAACGCCGCAGAGCACGUAUUAACCAAAGUUUAGCUAUUCUUAAGGCUCUCAUACUUGAGUCGACAAAAGCGAAUGCCAAAAGUACAGAUGGACAAACCAAACAUACAAAAUUAGAAAAGGCUGAUAUAUUAGAGCUAACAGUACGACAUUUUCAGCGACAUAGAAAUCUUGAUGAUCCAACUAUAAAUAAAUAUCGAGCAGGAUAUACAGAUUGUGCAAGAGAAGUUGCAAGAUAUCUUGCAACACCAGAACCACCACCUCUUCCAAAUCUACCAUCUUUAUCCGACCCAGGAUCAAAAGCUCGUCUACUACGUCAUUUGGAUCAGUGUAUUGCUGAAAUCGAUGUAGAAAUAUGCCCACAUACAACAGCAUAUGCUGAUAGUCCUUCGAGUAGUUGUUUUGAAAUCAAUUGCGCCAAGAAACCACAAGAUGAAAACUCUUUAGACUACAGUAGUCAGGAUUCGAAUCCUUUGGAUUUCAGCAAGGCAACCAGGGUUAACAUUACAGCUCAUACGAUAUCUUCGACAUCAACUGAGCAUGUUAACAAUCAGGACGAAAAUAACAACCGUGGCCAAGAAAUGGAUGUAACAGACAACAACUUGGAUAGUCUUAGACUACCAAUGGCAACAUCUUCAGGAAUGAUUGAAGUCAAUCCUGGACUAAGUCCUGGUGAUAUUCGAAAUAAGCCCUGUAAUCUUGAUGCAUACAAAAACCUCAAAGUAAAUGACACAAGUAACGUGCUGGUAUUACCACCACAUUAUAUGCAACUUGCUGCUGCAUUGGGCCUCAGCACUCAACCUAUUGUCGAUCCAAUUGCAACUCGAACCGACUUUGAGCGGCUUAUUGAAUUAAACAGAAAUCAAUCGACGUCGUCGACGAUUGUCAGUGACAAAUUGGACAACUAUGACAAAUGUCCAAUGGAUCUACCACCCAGGGAUGAGGCUAGUGUUGUUGCAACCUCCUCAAAUACGGUUGCAAUGAUUCCAGCUACUUCCCUAAUGGCUUCCAGCUCACCCAGACAUAGUCCAAUAAUUGAACAUCAGCUGGAACAGCAGCAGCAGCAGCAUCAACAUCAGCAGCAACAACACCAGCAGCAGCAACAUCAACAGCAGCAGCCACUACAAGUACACAUCGGACAAUCAACCUCAUUGGAAAUUGAUGUUGACAUUGAAAAACCCUCAGUGACCCCGCCUGUGAUGAUAUCGACAAAAUCAAUAAACGUCGAAGAUGGCGACAGUGAUAUAAACAUGGAGAGUUCGGAUCAGAAUCAAAAUAAUCAAAACUACCUUAAUCGACAGGAGGGUGGUGUUGGUGGUGGGUUUGGAAUGUUUGCUGGUGAAUCGAGGCAGAUGGACGAUAAUAUGUGGCGUCCUUGGUAAAGAAACAAAUUCUGUCAGGACAUAAAAUAUGUAAAAAAGAAGAAAAAAAAAUGAUCUCUAGAAAAAGAGAUUUAACUUAAAUUAACAAAAAAAAAAUAUAAAUCUUUGUUGUUGUAUUUCAGCUUUUUGAGUUACUCUUAUACAAAUUUAUUAUACAUUAAACUGUGCCAAUGGAGUGUGCUAGUCAUCUCUUUAUAUGUAAAAUUGAUACUUUUUUUUCGUUCCCCAGAACCGAAAUAAGAAAUAAAACAAAAAAAAUAAUACAAUUAAACCUUAUCCACCGUCUAUAAAAAAAGCAUUUAGCGUCAUUUAAAUUAAGUG